CAGAAAUUCUAUCCAAAAAAAAAACGAAGAACAGAAAAGAGAAACGAAAAUUGAAAAAUCUCUCUUAGUAAGCGCACUCUUAUUUCUGAUCCCAUUUGAGUCGUAGUCGUCCGGGACUACCGGCCCUAUUCUUACCAACGGCAAAAACCCAGUUGGUCUCCCUGAAAAACUUCACUAGGGUUUAGAGUUCAUCUAGAGUUCGAGGCCUGAACAGCUGCCGAUCUUGCGGUUCCGAGACGUGAAACUUUGAAUGUAGAGCCUUCUCGAUGCAACGGCAGAACAUGCCAUUCUAUGGGGAGUCAAUCUGCAUGAGAGUAAACUACUCUUUUGUGAAAAAUGUUCCUCGUAAAAAGAGAUCAAAAAGGGGAUAUAUAAACAAGAAAGGAUGGCCGCGUGAUGGGAGUGUGGUGAAACUAAAGACCCAUUUACUACAUGUUAAAACAAAAAAAACACGCACAUGUAAAAAGCAAAUUUGCAUGGAUUUUGCUGAAACGAGUGAUGAUGAAGUUAUCCCACAUAAUUCAAUGCAAUGUCGUGGACGGUCCAGGAGAAGAUACGAAAGCAAUGGCCUUGGAAAGUUAGACUCAGGUGCCUUUGAGUGCUAUAUGAGGAAAAUAUGGAUGAAGUUUUCUGAAGAGAGGAAAAGUUUGUUUACAUGCCUUGACUCCUUAUGGUAUCACUUAUACACAGAUAGAACUACUAAAGCUAAGGUCUUGGAUUGGAUCAAGAAGAAAGAGAUCUUCACCAGAAAAUAUGUCAUUGUUCCUAUCAUUCAGUGGGGUCAUUGGUGUCUAUUGAUCAUGUGCAACAUGGGCAAAACUUUUCAAUCUGAAACUCCUUGCCUAUUACUGCUAGACUCCUUGCAAGAUGCACACGCCAAACAACUAGAAUCUGGAAUAAGAAAAUUUGUUUUCGAUCUUUAUAGCACAGGGGAGAGAACAGAGACAAAGCAGAUGAUAAAAAAGAUCCCUUUUCGAGUUCCCAAGGUCCCGCAACAAAGAAACAAUGAUGAGUGUGGGUACUAUGUUUUAUACUUCAUUGAUCGUUUCUUAGGACUUGCACCAGAAGAUUUUAGUUUGUCUGAGGGCUACCCUUACUAUAUGAAGGAAGACUGGUUUACCCCCAAGGAGUUGGACGUCUUUUGCAAAGAACUUGUAUCUUCAUCCAUGGAUUCUUCUGAAUGUGAUGAUUCUUCUUCGGAUUCUGAUGUUAUUGAAUUGGGUGCUCAUCGAACCUCUGUUGCUGCAAUCACAAUUUUCGAACAUGAAACCUUGAUUGAGUUUGAAGAAUUAAACUCCCUACUUGGAUGAGUUGGACCAACCGUUGAUGGCGUGCUAGGGGGUUUUGGUUUAGGUUUAUAGCCAGGAGCCCAGGAUUAUUUUCGUGUCUUUGCAAGGGAAUGUAAGAUUAUUAAAAUUUGUAAUUACCUAAUGUGUUUUGUUUUUUGCCAACUCUCUAAUGGGUGUUAUGUCCAAUGGGUGUUUGGCUUAGGUUUGUAGAACUGUGUAAUCUCCUUGCAAGUGAAUGUAUGAUUAUUAAAAUUUAUAACUAUUUAAUGCAUUUAAUUAAAUUUUAUGGGAAUGUAGUAUGGGCUUAAUCUUUGUAGG